UCGAGGGGGCGGGCUCGGGUGCGGUGCGGGCGCGGCCAGGGCUUCGAAUUCAGGCUGUGUGUUGGCUACUCCAGGAAACAUGGCCAAGUUUGUCCUGAAUCAGAACCUGCCUGACCUGGGUGGCCCUCACCUGUACCCAGGCUCCACCGGGAGUGCCCGCAGUCCUAGCUCUCCUUACUCGGUGGAGACGCCUUACGGCUUCCAUCUGGACCUGGAUUUUCUCAAGUAUGUGGAGGAACUCGAGCGCGGUCCUGCUUCCCGCCGAGCGCUAGGACCCCCGCACACACGCCGCCCGCGAGCCCCCCGAACGGGCCUUGCGGGGGCGCGGAGCCCAGGUGCCUGGACCUCCAGCGAAUCCCUGGCUAGUGAUGACGGUGGAGCGUCGGGCGCACUCUCUCCCGGGGCGUUCACGGGGCUCUCGCUCCCUCCGCUGUCGCCGCGCUCCUUCUCGCGCAACCCGCGCGUGGAGCACACUCUCCUGGAGACCAGCCGACGACUGGAGCAGGCGCAGGCGCAGGCCCGGGAGCGCGCGCUCAGCCCGGCCCGUGCGGUCCCCCGUAGCCCGCGCGGGUCGGGCCGGAGUAGCCCCGCCCCCAACCCCGCCCUUGCUUCUCCCGGCCCUGCCCAGCUGCAGCUGGUGAGGGAGCAGAUGGCCGCGGCGCUGCGGCGCCUGCGCGAGCUCGAGGACCAGGCGCGCGCUCUGCCCGAGCUACAGGAGCAGGUGCGCGCGCUGCGCGCCGAGAAGGCGCGGCUACUGGCCGUGCGCGUGCAGCCGGAGCAAGAAGUAGAGACCGAGGCGCGCUCAGACAAGCUCUCCCAGCUUCGGCGCCUCACCGAACGUCUGGCCACCUCCGAUCGCGGAGUCCGCUCCAGGGCCAGCCCCCGGGCUGACGGUCCCGACGGUUUGGCUGCCAGGCGCCCCGAAGGCGCGCUGCAGGUCCUUGACCCGGCGUCUAGGACACCAGAUGGGGAACCCCAAACUCGGGAGGCGGGCAUCCAAGUCGUGCCCGAGACCCGAGAGGCGGAUGCCCAGGCAGUACCCGAGACAGGGGAGGCUGGAGGGGAGGUGGUCCCUGACACCGUUGAGGUGGACACGUGGGUGACCGAGGCGCUGCUAGGGCUGCCCGAGGCUGCAGAGCGUGAGCUGGAGAUGCUCCACGCCAGCUUGGAGCAUCAGCGCGGGGUGAGCGAACUCUUGAGGGGCCGAUUGAGGGAGCUGGAGGAGGCCCACGAGGCUGCAGUGGCCAGGCCUCAAUCUCGAGAGGUGGCCACUCAGACGGUAUUGGGUUGCACUGAGAAGACCACGCAGACCGAGCUCCCAGUGGAGAACCAGCACAGACCCAUGGCUGGAGACGAGGUGGCCCCUGUUGGCAUCCUCAAAUCCAUCAUGAAGAAAAAAGACGGUACUCCCGGUACCCAAUCCAGUCAGGGACCCAAGAGCCUGCAGUUCGUUGGGGUCCUCAACGGAGAGUAUGAGAGCUCCUCCAGUGAGGAUGCCAGCGACAGUGACAAUGAAGAUGGCAUGGCUGAACUCCCUAGGAGUAGCUCUUCCGGGUCAGGAGAAGAUAGUGGAGGAUCUGACGCUGGAACUCCUGGUCCCCCUAAUGUCCAAGAGUCGGAGGACUCUGAACUUGAGGCACAGCUGGAGCCGAAGGCAGGGACAGAAGAGAGGUGUGAAUUGAGCCCGCGGUUGAGGGAAGCAUGCAUUGCUCUGAAUCGGCAACUGAUGAGGCCUCGUGGAGUCACCAGAGACGGUAGUGCAGCACGCCUUGUGGCCCAGGAGUGGUUUCGAGUGUCCAGCCAAAAGCGCUCUCAGGCUGAGCCUGUGGCAGGGGUGCUCCGAGGAGUGAAGAGCCUAGGGCCUGAGCUGCUGGCUCAUGUGGUGAACCUGGCUGAUGGCAAUGGAAACACGGCCCUGCAUUACAGCGUGUCUCAUGGAAAUCUGGCCAUUUCUAGCCUACUACUGGAUACAGGAGUCUGUGAUAUCAAUCAUCAGAAUAGAGCUGGCUAUUCUGCACUCAUGUUGGCUGCACUCACGUCUGUAGGACAGCAGGAGGAAGACAUGGCUGUGGUCAAGAGACUUUUCAGCAUGGGUGAUGUCAAUGCCAAGGCUAGCCAGACUGGACAGACAGCCCUCAUGCUGGCCAUCAGUCAUGGUCAUCAGGAUAUGGUGGCUGCCUUGCUGGAACGUGGGGCUGAUGUCAAUGUACAGGAUGCAGAUGGGGCUACAGCACUGAUGUGUGCCAGCGAAUAUGGACGUCUUGAUACAGUUCAGUUGCUGUUGGCCCAGCCAGGCUGUGACCUAACCAUCUUAGAUAAUGAGGGGACAAGUGCUCUGGCCAUUGCACUGGAGGCUGAACAGGAUGAGGUGGCCGCACUGCUUCAUGCACACCUGACUUCAGACCACCAUAGCUCCCAGGGCCACUCACCCCCAGGGUCUCCAACAGGCACACCCAGCUAAGGGAAAAAGUGACAAAUGAGGGGACUCAACCAGCACUAUCUACAAUUGGACCAUAGGAGCUGCUUUCCUCUUAUGUCUGAGCUUCCGAAUCACAGCAGGGUGCCUUGUGCAGAUGCCUGAACAAUAAUACAGCUGUCAACCCAUACUUCCUAAUAAAGCAUUUCUACUGAA